UAGAUAAUGGUGUUUUUAGUGGCUCUUCUUCCGGCUGUACUGGGCAGUGACUGUAAAUUCAUGCCAUUCGACUGUUCUGACAUUUUUAACUCGGGACAAAAAAUCAGUGGGAUUUAUCCCAUCUAUCCAGCAGGCGACGCUCCUCUCUGGGUUUACUGUGAGAUGAUCUCAGAUGGGAAAGUUGAAGACAAUGGAGGAUGGACGGUGAUUCAGAGGAGAAUGGAUGGCAGUGUGAAUUUCUAUCGGCCGUGGGAUCAGUACAAGAGAGGAUUUGGGAAUGUGGAAAGUGAAUACUGGCUGGGGCUGGAGAACAUGUACCAGCUGACACGCAACAGGAGGUACACGCUGAGAGUAGAUCUGGAGGACUUUGAAGGAAACACUGUUUUUGCAGUGUACUCAUCUUUCUCUGUGGGUCCUGAAGCUGAUGGGUAUCGACUGCAUGUUUCAGGAUUCAUAGAUGGCGGAGCAGGUGAAUCUUUGUUGUACCAUGACGGAGAGAAGUUCUCCACCUUUGACAAGGACCAAGAUUCCUAUGAACAUAACUGUGCCGGUCUGCAUCUCGGCGCAUUUUGGUACAAAAACUGUCAUGGUACAAACCCCAACGGUGUGUAUUUAUGGGGAAAAGAUCCAAACUUUUUUGCCAUUGGAGAUGUUUGGCAAAGUUGGAAGGGGCUUGAUGUGGGUCUGAAAUCCAUCCGCAUGAAGAUCAAACGUGUGUUUUAGAAACAUCAGU